AUGGCAUCAGCUACGACAGACAGUUCUUUUGCUUCUCAAGGACAAACAGAAAAAGCUUGGCUUCAUAAACAACAUAAUACAGAUGGAACAAUAAUGAAACCUGAUCAAUUAGAGAAAUUACUCGAAAAUCCUCCGAAAAGCUUUGACAUCAGUGUCUUCGAUCGUAUUCACGGAUCAAUGGUUGGCAUGGCCUUGGGUGAUGCUCUCGGUGCUCACGUCGAAUUUCGUCCUCACGAAUAUCUAGUAGAACAUCCCGUAACUGACCUACAAGGUGGUGGUACUUGGGGACUUUCUAAAGGGCAGUUCACCGAUGAUACUUCCAUGGCGCUUUGUCUUGCAAAUUCUCUGAUAGUUCGGCAAGAUUACGAUCCGUAUGAUCAAUUAGUUCGAUACAAAUGGUGGUUUCGGGAGGGUUACAUGUCUUCCACAGGGAAGUGUUUUGAUAUUGGCUCAGCAACAAAACAUUCUCUAUUAGAAUUUGAAAGACGCCAAAGGAACUUUGCCGAAAAAUAUCACAUUUCUUUCGAAGAUGUUGACUUUCAAUCGGAUCUCGAUAUUCUUGAUCAAUUCAAAGUCAAAUGUAGUGAAGAAGGUGUAGCUGGAAACGGAGCUCUGAUGCGGCUGGCUCCAGUGCCACUAUUCUUCUAUAAGCAUCCGAUUUAUGCUGUUGAAUACUCUGGACACAGUGGAGAAAUUACACAUGGGGAUCAGAAAGCAUACGACGCAUGUCGUUAUUAUGGUGCUUUGAUCGUUGCAGCUGUCCGCGGUGCGAAUAAGAAACAACUGCUUUCAGAGAAUUUCUGCGAGGAACAUAAAGAAUGGUUUGGAAAUAAACCGUUGCAUGCAGAUGUUCUACGUGUUGCAAGUGGAUCAUACAAGAAAGAGCGAGGCUACGACGCAGGAAUUCGAGGAAAAGGGUAUAUUGUUGCUGCGUUGGAAGCCGCAUUGUGGGCAUUUUGGUCCGAUAAAGACUCGUUUGAAACAGGUGUGCUUGCAGCUGUUAAUCUAGGCGACGAUACCGAUACAACAGCAGCGAUCUAUGGGCAAUUGGCAGGAGCUUAUUACGGUUACAAGAAACUUCCUUCACAUUGGGUGGAACAAGUUUAUGCAAAUCAGUUUAUCGCCUGUUUAAGCAAAUGGCUUACAUACGAAGGUCAACGAUGGUCACCAAAGAACUUGGCACCGGCGACCAAUCCAUCUUUAUUCGAUCCUCAAGAUGAUGCCCGGCCACGACGUCGUUCUUUCGUUCAGGACAGCUUAGCUUCGAACAUAUCUGAUGAAGGUCCUCGACCUCGUGGUAAAACCGUUGUGGAAAACAGUUCAACUUUGGACGUACCUGACGAGCGUCCUCGACUUCGUGGUAAGACUGUUGUGGAAAACAGUUCGACUGUAAAACGUCCGACUGUACAUGAACCACCCAGUAUCUACCGUCCGAAAUCAUCAGACUUAAAAAAUCUUGAACUUCAACCGCAGCGACUUUAUUUCCAUGAUCGUCUCAAUUCUGUUGCGGAUGUAUGCGAAUGGGUCAAAGGACUCGGCGAUGAAUAUGUAACAUAUGCCAAACUCUUCAAAUACUACGGCGUCGAUGGUUAUUGGUUGCUCAAUUGCAUAGAUGAUAAAGUACUUUCAGGAUAUGGUAUUCAGAAUAAAGGGCAUCAACGGGGAAUUCUCGAUGGUAUCGAAAAAUUACGUGAUAAAUGUCCGAUAAAGUACUCUACACUACACAAAACUGCUACAUAG